GUGCGCGAGGGAAUUUGCAGACGCUCCCUGCUGGUGGGGACCGCACGACCUGUCCUUCAGUCUGGGACCUUAAGCCGGUCCCGCAGCCGCAGACAGGAGCGCUAGUGGAAGCCGAGGCGGAAGCGUCAUGUCUGAGCCGCCCCCGCGGGGGGCCGAGCGCGACCUUUUCCGGGACACGUGGGUGCGGUACUUGGGCUACGCCAAUGAGGUAGGGGAGGCCUUCCGCUCCUUGGUGCCAACAGCUGUUGUGUGGCUGAGCUAUGGUGUGUCCAGCUCCUAUGUGCUGGCCGAUGCCAUUGACAAAGGCAAGAAGGCAAGAGAUGUGCCAAGCCCUGAGGCAGGCCGCAGCACCAGGGUGACCGUGGCCGUGGUAGAUACCUUUGUGUGGCAGGCUCUGGCCUCUGUGGCCAUCCCAGGCUUCACUAUCAACCGUGUGUGUGCUGCCUCUCUCUACAUCCUGGGCACUGCCACCCGCUGGCCUCUGGCUGUCCGCAAGUGGACCACUACUGCACUGGGGCUACUGGCCAUCCCCAUCAUCAUCCACCCCAUCGACAGGUCAGUGGACUUCCUCCUGGACUCCAGCCUCCGCAAGCUCUACCCCUCAGUGGAGAAGCCCAGCUCCUCCUGACUCCACCCUGGUACCUGGCCUGUGGGUUUGCCUAUUCCCUGUUCCACCUCCUUCCUCCUGCCAGGGGAAGUGGACACCUAGUUGCCUAGGGUCCGAGGCCGACACCUGAGUAGGUUUAAGCUGAACGGAAACUGAGAGAUAAUGACCUCAGAGCAGAAGCUGCAACGACUCACAGACAGGACCUGAACCCCAUCUGCUUCCAUGGAAUCUGUGAUACUGAGCCAUAAUGGAUGCUGGGUGGCCCCAGCCCUGUCUUUUGACAGAAAAGUAACAUCCUCCCAUGGAGGGUAGGGAAACUGAGGUGCAGACAAGGCAAGGAAUAUGGCUAAGAUCACCCAAGCUGGGACCCAGGCCUCCCAAUGGCUCGGCUGGGCCACUGCAUGGCAGUGCGGCUGACAGAGAAACAGGAGUGCAGUAGCGGGGACCCUGAGAAGUGAUUCGCUGUCUGCCCCUCCUGGUGCAGGGGCUGUCAGGGCCUGGCUGGCAAUAAAUCCUCAAGAAGCUGA